AUGGACGACAAAAAGCCGAGACUACGAUGCCUUUUAUGCUUCCUUAUAUCGCUUUUAGUGGUAUUUAUUCUAACUACUGUUGCACUGGCUGUUUCCUUGGCUAUUUAUGUGCAGAAGUUUGAGGACACCUUACCGAAGACUACGCCUGGCAUGAGCCUCGUCAUAAACUCCACGUGGAACAGUCUGCCCAUCGAGCAUCCUAUAACAAUACAUUUGCAAUGGAAAGACUCGGAAAAGGCCAUACAGGUUAAAUUUGAGCUUUACAACUACGAAGUGCUGGAAAUCUUCAUGGCAAAUAACAAGGAUCAGUACGUAGAGAUCGAAUUGGGUCCGCACCAGCAAUGGCUCUGCCUUCUCCUCGAUGGCGAACGAAAAAGCUUCAAUGAAGGUGAAUAUCUACAACUGUCUGUGUGGAAUCGGAUUGACGGUAACAAGUGGAUUGGUGAAGCAGAUAUUCCAUUCGCAUAUCUUCCGGCCAAUGUAUCUCGAAUAAACGCCUACGAGAUUCAUAAUGAGAAUGACACAACAGUGUAUGAGGCCAUGAAUCCGACUCCUUACGGAAAGUAUAAGGGUCCGGACUUCCAUCGCCUGAGCUACUUCGUAACCUUUGACCCAUUGCUCAUCAUUGCUAAAGAAUACUUCGAUGAGUUCCGGCCGUAUCUGCGACAAGUAGGUAUGGCUUGA